AUGCUGCGUGGCAGCCAAAAUCGUGCGCCUCGUCGCAAACUCAUCCCGAAUCUGUUCAGCAACAUACUGAAGGUGAUUGCCGAGUCGGAUAGACCGCUGACGCAGCACGAGAUAGUCGAGGCUGUAUCGCAACGCAUGGAGCGUUCCGACGAGGAGCUCAAACGGCAAAUCACCGUCAAUCUACACGACGCUCUCAUCACUGGCUACCUGCGUGUGAAGAACUUUCGAUACUCCAUUGUGCCCAACGGCUUGGACCCCAACGAGCCGCGUGAGUCACGCAACAGACAAUUGACACUCACGGAAGUGAUGAACGUCCAGAAUGCAAAUGAAGACGCAACCCAGGCGACGACAUCAGCUGAGGCCGAGCAGGCAGCUGAAGUAGCGGCUGUGGCGUCUCUGCAAGCCGAGACAGAAAUUGCUUCAAAUGAGGACGAAGCCGUAGAGAUCCCUGAGAGUCGAGAGACCGUAAACCCCAGCAUGGAUAUAGAAGAAGAAGAAAAGCCACAAUAGGAGAAUAAUUGAAGCUUCUGCUGAAUUUCCCUACGCCCCAUCUUUUGUAAUAACUGCCCGAAUAAAUUAUAGGUUAACUAUC